CGGCGGACCGGGGCCCCGCUGGGGUCGGGCGGGGGCGGGGUGAGUGCGGCCGCCGCGGACCCGGCCUAGGCCGCGGGCGCCGGGACUCGCGAAUUGGACCGCGACCUCAAACCGUGCGGCGGCCUCCGCCUCCCGCGGGCUCUGGGCCGCGGGGCCGCGUCCGCCCGACCCGCCCGCCGCGGCCGGGGUGCCCGGGGUCCGGCCGGUCCCGGUGGGGCGGCUGGGCGCGGUGGCGGCCCCGCGCCGCGGCCGGGCUCCCGAGGCGCCGCCGGGCCGCCCCUCCCGGGUCCGCCGCUUUGUUUCCGCCCGGCGGGCCGCUGAGAACUUUCUGCCGCGCGCGGGUCUUGGGCAGCCUGGUUGCUGAGGCCCUUCUCUCCACCGCGGAGGCUGGGAUGCAGGGAUGCGUCCUUAGACCGAGUGAGUUUGUGAGCCCAGACCAAGACUGGCAGGUGGUCCCAGGUGACCCGGGCCGAGACGCGCAGAUCUCCAGUGUCUAUUGGAUUUUUACCAAGAAGUUCAUAGUGCAAAGUUGCUUCUACUGUGGUUGUAGUUAGCUAAAAUGAUCCAGUAGGAAGACCACACCCCCAGGCAGUGACAGAGCCUGGCCACUGAAGGAUGAACGGGGAGGAAGAAUUCUUUGAUGCCGUCACAGGCUUUGAUUCUGAUAACUCUUCUGGGGAAUUUUCAGAGACAAAUCAGAAGGUCACUGGGAGGAUUGACUUGGACCCCAGCAACAGCACAAGGACUGGGAAAAGUGGGGAGAGGCCCCCUCGAGAGAAUGGGGUUCAGAAGCACAGGACAGCGCUGCCCGCCCCCAUGUUCACCAGAAGCGACUUCAGCGUGUGGAGCAUACUGAAAAAGUGCAUCGGCCUGGAGCUGUCCAAGAUCACAAUGCCCAUUGCCUUCAAUGAGCCACUGAGUUUCCUCCAGCGGAUCACGGAGUACAUGGAGCAUGUGUACCUCAUUCACAAGGCCUCCCGUCAGCCCCAGCCCUUGGAAAGGAUGCAGUCUGUAGCUGCUUUUGCGGUCUCUGCUGUGGCUUCCCAGUGGGAGAGGACUGGCAAACCAUUCAACCCGCUCUUGGGAGAGACGUAUGAGCUGAUCAGGGAAGAUCUGGGUUUCAGAUUCAUAUCUGAACAAGUCAGUCACCACCCUCCCAUCAGUGCGUUUUAUUCAGAAGGUCUCAGCCAGGACUUUGUGUUCCAUGGUUCCAUCUACCCGAAGCUGAAGUUCUGGGGCAAGAGUGUGGAAGCGGAGCCCCGGGGGACCAUCACCCUGGAGCUUCUCAGACACGAUGAAGCCUAUACCUGGACCAACCCUACCUGCUGUGUGCACAAUGUCAUCAUUGGGAAGCUGUGGAUAGAGCAGUAUGGAACGGUGGAGAUUCUAAACCACAGGACUGGAGACAAGUGCGUGCUGAACUUCAGACCGUGCGGACUGUUUGGAAAGGAACUUCACAGAGUAGAAGGGCACAUCCAAGACAAAAACAAAAAGAAGCUCUUCAUGAUCUAUGGCAAGUGGACAGAGUGCUUGUGGGGCAUCGAUCCCAGUUCCUAUGAAUCCUUCAAGAAGCAGGAGAGGAGAGGGGACCACCAGAGGAAGGCCAAGCUGGAUGACGGACCCGAGAAAGCCAACGAGGUGUCUGGAGAUGUGGCUGAUGAUGUGCCUGUGGCUCAGGAGACUGUGCAGGUCAUUCCCGGCAGCAAGCUGCUCUGGAGGAUCAACAGCCGGCCCCCCAACUCAGCCCAGAUGUAUAACUUCACCAGCUUCACUGUGAGCCUCAACGAGCUGGAAUCGGGCAUGGAGAAGACCCUGCCACCCACAGAUUGCCGCCUGCGCCCAGACAUCCGUGGCAUGGAGAAUGGCAACAUGGAUCUGGCCAGCCAGGAGAAGGAGCGGCUGGAAGAGAAGCAGAGGGAGGCCCGCAGGGAGCGUGCCAAAGAAGAGGCAGAAUGGCGGACCAGGUGGUUCUACCCGGGCGACAACCCGCACACGGGCACUCCCGACUGGCUCUAUGCAGGGGACUACUUUGAGCGGAACUUCUCAGACUGCCCCGACAUCUACUGAGGGCUGCAGGCCCGGCCGGGGCUGCAGGCCGGACCCCAGGCACUCUGAGUGUCGCCAUGGCAGAGCCCCACUGCUCUGGCCAUGGUGGUGGAGGUGACAUCGUCCCUGACCAAGGACCUGACCCACUUAGCUGUCACAGCCCCUCUGGAGUGCCACCUGCGGCCCAGGAGGAAGCCCUGCCUCCCGUGGGCCUGGCGGUGGGCACGGCUGGCUGCUGGAGCUGAGAGCAGGAGGGGCGCGUGCCCCGCAAGGCCAGGCAAGGUGCCGAGGGUCUCAGGCCCUCUGAAAAGGAGGCUGGGGACUGCUGGCAGCAUCCCCGCCAUGGGGAGGCGGGGGCUCCAGAGCGGCAGCAGUGAAGUGAAAGCUGUCAGAUUCUGUAUUUUUUACCAAUCUUGAGAAACGUAAAGAUUACUUUUAAAAUAUUUAAGUUAAAACUACUUGAAUGGUAUUUUGCUGAAAAGCAGAAAAUGCAUUACUCGCCACAGGACUGUCCACAUGAGCUCCUGGCCCGAGGCAGGGCAGGAGCACUGCUGGGAGCACCAGCCCUGCCCUGGCCAGUGCUCCCCCAUCCCAGGGUCUGCAGGACUGCGCCCCCGCCCACAGCCCCGAGGGGCCCGUCUUCACCACCGCCCGUGUCUGCAGUCUCGCGUCCCGUGUUCCCAGCAUGCGUGUUGCAGUGUGAGUCGCAUCGGGUUGUGCCUGGGGGUCAUUAAAGUCCUUCAACCACAGCAGGCGUGUCCAUCUCCGCAUCCCUGGCAGGGACAGUGUCAGCUCCACAGGUCACAGGAGAGCUCUUUGCACCGCAGACAGGCCGCCUGUAGCAGGCACUCUGCUGCUGCAUGAGCACUGGUCACGGGCAGGAGGCAGUGCCCUGUGCCCAGGCUUCAGAACCAUCUUUGCUAUUAAAAUUCUCUUAAA